AAGCUGCUCUGGGCACGGAUUUUGACAGAUGGGCCCCUUUUUCACCUGGGUUUCAGACCAAGAGCUUUAUGUUCUCGUAGGUCUACCUGUACCCUUUCCCAUGAUAUCCACACACCUGUCAACAUCCAAGUCCUGAAAAACCAUGGACUUUUUGGCCUCAAUGAAGCCCAGCUUCGGAUCCUGCUUUUGCAGAAUGACCCCUGCCUUUUGCCAGAGGUCUGUUUGCUCUACAACAAAGGUGAAGCCCUCUAUGGCUACUGCAACCUCAAGGAUAAAUGCAACAAGUUUCACGUGUGCAAAUCCUUUGUCAGAGGAGAGUGCAAGCUUCCGACCUGCAAACGGUCCCAUCAGCUCAUUCAUGCCACAGCCCUGAAGUUGCUACAGGACCAAGGACUGAAUAUUCCAAGUGUCGUUAAUUAUCAGAUAAUCUCUACCUACAAGCAUAUGAAGCUGCACAAGAUGCUUGAAAAUAAAGAUAGUUCAGCCUCUUCUGGUGAGCAUCCCCAGGGCUCUGAGAAACAUGGAGUGCAUGUAGCGGGGGCUGCAGAAGCCAGUCCUCUGGUUUCUGUCGCUGCUCAGUCGGCCAAGAAGCCCUGCCCAGGUAAACCUUAAAGGCCUCCACGAAACAAGAAGCAGCUUGUCCAGCUUGGAAGAUGUGAAAACAAGGCUUCUGUUGAGCUUUCGUUUGUAACCAUUUACUCAUUCAAUCAUUUGCUAAUAAUGGUCAUAAUGUCUACCUUACAGUGUGUUGUGAGAAGUAAAGAUGGAAAAAGGAGAAAAUGUCAGAUUGGGAGGAUAAAGUUGGGGGUGGGUGGUUGGGGGUGAGGUUGGACAUUGAGCAAAGAGAAGGUAAAACUGAAUGGAGAUGGGUGAGUCUGUGGCAAACCCUGAAGAUGGCAGCGUCUGCCUGCAGCUCCUGAGCGCUUUCCACAGGCGGGGUGGAUGCAGCUCUUAAAUGGGCAGGUUUCUGUUGCCUUCUUCUGUGGUCCUGCCAGUGUUUUUCUAUACACCCAUAUACAGUUUCCACUGUGUACAUACACUUUGUAUGCAAUUCUUUUUUACUUAAUGUUUCAGAAGCAUCUUUCUAUAUUUGCUCACAUUCAUCAUUUUUGCACAGAUAUGUUAAUAUAUCAUAGUUUAUUUAACUACUUCCCUUAUUCUGGGAUAUUUCAGUUCUUUCUAACAAAUUUGGAAUAUACCUCUUUUCUUAAAAUCUGCACAAUAUUGAAUUUUUAAAGAUAUUCUUCACUUUUGCUAAGCUUAUAGGUGCUAAAGGAUACUGUCUUUUGAUUUGCAUUUUUUAAAAAUGUAUGUGUGAGUGCAUAGUUUCCUGUGUGUCUACUUUCUGUAUGUCUUCAUUUUGUCGGUUUUUUUUUUUU